AAUCUUAUCUUCUCCUCCGCCUCCGCUCUGCUUUCCUCUCUCUCUCUCUCUCUCUCUCUCUCUCUCUCUGUGUUCUCUCCUUUUCUCAGGCAGCAGCAAGCUAGUAGGUUCACCGCCCACCCGACGAUGCGCGCCUCAGUUGCGGCGGCAGCGGUCGAGCCUUCAUCCGCCGCCCGACUCUACGGCCAGGGCCGAUCCCGGAAGGCAUCCCUCCUUCACAGCUGCCACUUGAAGACGGGAUUGCGCUGCGGCCGCGGCGCUUUCAACCCCAGCUCUCCUCGAUUUCCGCUCUUCCUUUGCCAGAGACGCCCUGACCAUCAGAAUGUGAAUGGUGGAGAUACGGAUGAGAUGUUUGACGAAUUGUUCCAAAAAUAUGGGAAGGUGGUCUACAGUGACAGCGACAGAAAACGCCCAACCGCAGAGGCUGAUGACGAUGCAGAAAGCUUAUCCUUUGCUGUUGCACUAGCAAAAGUUGCAAAUGAGGUAAAAGCUGCUGAUAUCCGCGUUCUAUUUGUGAAGCCUCUGGUAUAUUGGACUCGGUUUUUCAUCAUUGUCACUGCCUUUUCUCGCCCUCAGGUUGAUGCAAUCGGGUCCAGAAUAAGAGACAUAGCUGAGAAGCAGUUCAAUAAAAAUGCAGCUGGUGAUACAAAGCCCAACUCGUGGACGCUACUAGACUUUGGUGACGUAGUUGUGCACAUUUUCCUUCCACAGCAGCGGGCUUUCUACAACCUUGAAGAAUUCUAUGGCAAUGCAACACCAAUUGAACUUCCAUUUGAUACUCAAUCCCCAUUUCGCAAAUAAGGCAAAUUUGCAUGGCUUCCACUGGCAGGAUAUAUCUUGAAAGUAGCAGAUCUCAGCGCUGAACAUUCACGUGCUUCUAAGAACCAUGCUCGGCCUUUUCAGUUUUCUGGUGCGCAGAUGCAUCCUGAUGUAGAUGUUCUGAGGUUUGCUUUUAAUUUUAUGCUAUCCAUUGACGGAGAUACUGUAAGACCAUUUUGUGAGGGCAAGGUUUUUGCAACUCUUGAGAAGAAUCUGCUGAAGAAUAUAUUGAUUUUACAUUUGUUGCAGAGCCUUCUGCGUAAGAUGCCUGUCAAAGUAAGGAUUCAUAGCUUGUAAUUCUAUGAUCUCUACUUGCCAUGUGUAUCAAAAAACACUCUUUUAUCUUCAGAUAAGAGGUUCUGGGAUCCAAAGUGGCCAUAUACUUCAAGACCAUUUGAAAGCAACAGUACCUCUUAUUUGCUUCCGCAACACACCUGUGUAAAUGUACGGGCUUGCUUUUUCGGAUCUAAAAAAUGUACCAAUCUGAUUGAUGGCAA